GGAGUCUGUCGGCAAAAGCAACACAACGGAUAUCGAAAAGUUCGACCGGAGACAAUAUCAUGAACGGCGAUGGAUCCAGUCUCAGCUCCGCUGCGGAGGGCACGUCAGACAGGAAACUCCUUAACCCAAAAGAAUAUGAUGAGAUUCCCAGCUCUGAAGUGAGCCCACCUCCGACGCCGCCGUCGCCCAAACGCAGUCAACCUGCGUCGCAGCACUUUGCUAUACCGAAGGAUGCUACCCAUUCAAUAAUGCAGAAUUUGUCAAUUCUGAGCAGCAAUCUGGCGCAGCUCAAAGGCGUACUGGUUGUUGAUGACAUUCACGAGAGAUUUGGGCAGAGGAUCUUCCUGACCAUCUUAUUGCUAUUAUCAAUCGGGAUGCAGAUUUUGAGCAAGAUGAUCACAUUUUUUGUGAUGAACACAGACAUUUGCGUCCUUCAUGAUGAGAAUGGUAAAAUUGAUGAUGAGGCGGUAGAGAAACGACCUUCGGAAUGGAGUUUUGCCCUGGGCUUUAUCCACGCAUCGCAUUGUAUGACAUUUGCUACAACACUCGUAAACCUGGUGAUAACUACGUUCACCUUUUCCACAGGGAAUGGUGGAAAGUAAGCUUAACUCGCGCAACUGAAACUAGCCGCCGGCACCAUGAAGCUGGUCAUGAAGACCGUCUUGAGCCCGAUGCUGUAGCACUAGGCUAAACUAUCAGAAUUGCCCGGUAUGUGGAACAGUAAUACCCUUUUCGGAGUGGCCUGCUUCCGAACAGUCAAUGCGAAACUAACUACUGUAAAAUCGGUCAGGAGUCGCGCACGGAAUGCACUGGAUCACAUUACAGAAGUUUUACUACUAUUCUCCUAAUUUGAUUGAGUUGGUUCUACUUUGGAGAUCUUCUUUGCCUUCAUAGAGAAGAUGGACAUGCAGGCAAGUUUCCUUUGGCCAAAUCCAGAGACCAGUGAUUCAAAAUUCAAAGAUUGUCUUAAAUAGAUCUUUAUUUAUCAAGUUUAUUGCAA